AUGGCCUCCCACUUCAGCUCGACCAACACCGUCCAGGCUAGCGCUUCCUCAAAGACUUCUGUUGAGUUAGACUACAUUGUGGUCGUCCUGCGCCAAGACCAGCUCCGAUCACUUGCUUGCGACUCUGUGCAGUUACCGGCGUCCUCGGCGGCUCCCGACGGCCCGGACGUCCCUGUUGCUGUACCUCAUAAUGUUGUCACUCUCGAUCAACACCACGCUUGCGUACUGCUCCACCGUUCGCAGCUCUAUCUCGUUGAGGGCGCGUCGAUGAGCGUCGUGUCGCCCAAGGACCUCCAUCCAAGUCUGAGGGCCACGGCUCCUGCCCGGCGACCGGGAGUUAAAACGGCUUGCGUCAACUGCCGCAAAGUCGCGAAGCGGUGCGACCCGGGCCGGCCUUGUGCUCGCUGCAAAAGAAUGGACCUUGGAGACAGCUGCACCGACGCUCCUUCUAAACGCGGCCAGGUGGUCAGAGAGAGCUGCACAGCGCUUGUUCGCGAUCACCCUCAGACGCUUGAGAGUUCCGUCGUCCGGGCGUCCGCAGCAUCUACAUCCGCAUCCAACUCUGUCAGCAAUCCCCGGUCUACCACAGACCUCUUCAAUGAGGGCUUGUAUACGAACUCUGGGUCGCCAAAUGGCGCUUUCCAACAUCAGGAACCAGACAUUGCAGGCCCAUCCAACUCCAGACAUGGAGCUUUGGACCGGGGUGGAUGGAUGGAUGAGGCCGCCGGGUGGCAGGCACAAGCCUUGACGACGUAUGCUCAGCCAAUGACCCACGCGGCGCCCUCAGCUAUCGGACAGCUGAUCCCCGAUUCCUAUCCCAUGAGCGCAGAAAUGUUGCCGCCUAUCCAGGUCCCAUCCAACCUUGCAUACAACGGAUAUGCCGUAGGUGAACCAUCUGAUGCAUUCCAGUCCUCGCAAAUCUCAGAGGGCCCUAUUGCCGGUCAUCCCUUCUAUGGGGCUCAUCGUGGGUGGUGA